CAUAAACCAACAUAGAAGAAACAAACCCUCGACGAGGUGAACGAGGAGAUAGGAAAAUUCAUGUGCGUAAACGGAACCGACCUGGCUCGUCCACGUCUUCCAGCUUAAUCCCAACUACAUCUUCGAAACACGACUGCACAUCAGCGUCCGGCGGAAUGAGAGGACGGUCGUCCACCGGGAGUCAUUGUACGGCAAUGUCUACUUCAAGCAGAGGUCAUCAUCCUCUUCUGCUGCAAAAGGCCGCGACACGUUUGGGUUUGCUCCUCCUAGCGCAGAGCGACGAUGCGCUGUUUAACCUCCGCGCCAUGCAGGUGGACGUGCAUGAGGGAGGGGCGAAUAGUGCUGACCCAGAUCUUGUUCACCUAGACGCCGAGAUCACGACUACCUCCAAGAAAUCAACCGCCAGCGUCCUCGAGAUCGCGGGAACAAAGCGAGAAGGUGCUGCACCAUCAAAAGGAGAGGGAAAGGGGACGGAUGACGAAGAUGAGAGCGACGACGCAGAGUAUAAUAAAUUUGGCUUUUCAUCCUUUGUACUAUGGGUAGGGUAUUAUACGUGGGUCAUCUUGUGCGAAAAAGUUUCACAGUGUAUGGAAGGGAAAAAUGAAAAAAAUGAUAGAUCCCCCUUGCAGGUCCUACACCGAAGCUUUUAGAAUGUUGAACUUGUUGUACAACUACUGGCUAUGAUUUUUGAACAUCACAGGGACGAUGAAGCCGACCACACCGUCCGGAUCCACGGUCCGCCCGGCAAAGCGCCUGCUCCGGUGACGACUGCGCAAAUGACCGCUGCCAUCGCCGCGGGGGGCGACGAUCCAGGGGCGGUGCGGAGCAAAGUGCUGGCUUUGUUCGGCGUCUCCGCGGCGGAAGAGGAGGAGGCGGAGGCGGAGGACUGGUCAAAAAUCUGGGUCGCCGUGUCCUCGGGCCUGACGGCCGCCGGCGUGGAGGUCGCGGACGAGGUGCAAGAAAUGGAUAAAGACCUGCAGCCCGCCUACGUUAUCGCGAGAAAAAAGCGUUACAGUUGCACAUCGUGUUGCAGCCCAAGCAAGACAGACGUGAUCUGUCAUGCCAGAUAUGCAUAGACAUCCUUUUUUCAUGCGUGUUUUAUUUCCUUAUGAUCUCUGCAUUGCAAGUUUCCUCUGUCAGGCAGAACAAAUUUGUGUAGCUGAUUGCCCAACUGUAACACUUUUUGCUUUGGAUAUACGUGGACUUGCAGGUACUGAUGCAGCCCGCCAUAUGGAAGCGUCAGGUUUGAAAUCGUCAAAGUUGAAAUAAUUUGUAAUGCAUAAAAUGCAUGACCCGAGGCACGUGCGUUGCAGAGCAGGCAAGUGGGGCCGAUUGUAAGCCUGUUUGGGGUUACAGCUCGAGCUGCUAAAGUAGCAUGAGAAAAUCGCUCUUCUUUGCCUAAAGAGCAUGACAAACUGGAUUUAGGGACCACCUAGAUUUGUCAUGCUCCACUUGGAAACUGGGUUCCAACUCGCAUCCAUUUUAUGCAUGACAAAUUAUUUCAACUUUGUCGAUUUCAACUCUGACACAUCCAUACGCCAGCGACGAAAACGUGCAGAAGGUGAAAACAGCGGUCGCGGCACUAUAUCCAUUGCAAAAGUAUCGUACUCGUUGUAUAAAUGCAUUACAAAUUUCCUCAGCAUGAGAAAUGAAAUUUGUAAUGCGGAUUUAGCUUCAGAAAAAAAUUUGUAAUGCAUGACUGCAAUUAAUACUACGAGUGCCAUAGUACUUUUGCACAUGAUACUUUGCAAGCUAUGGUGGACGAGAUGGCCGAGUACAUGGCUAUGGAUACCGACGUAUGAGAGUACAGAACUCCCUUCCUCCGGAUUUGUCAUGCAAAAUACCAAAUCCACCCUUUAAUACCUCUUCGCACUUUUCGCAUGACAAGUUCUGGAACAAGCUCAAACAGCACUACAAUCUUCCUGGGUCGUGAUUUUGUCAUGCAAAACCUGCAUGCUUGCCGACGCUUGUAGUGCUGUUUUUGCCAUACAAAUGAGGUGGAGGGGUAGUUGUGCGCUCGCAUAUGACGGAGACGGUCAGAUCAACACGAAUGAGGUGCACGAAAAGUGUGAAAUCGGCCUGGCCGACAAACUAUGCAUUGCAAAUAUGUUGGGAUCUGGAUUUGUGAUGCGAGAAUUGAAGGACAAGAAGAUCUGUGAUGCAGCACGCAUAGGAGUGACCACUUUUUCUGUCAUGCUGGGAGAGAGUUUGUCAUGCCAAACACGGUAGAAAAAGAAAUCGCGCUAACAGCCGGAGGAUUUGUGAUGCGUUCACGCCGUACAAAGCAUUGCUCUGUCAUGCAAGACUCAGCAUGGGAGGUCCUCGCGUGCUUUAAUCCAGAACCAGACGCAUUUCUAUUUGAUACAAACAAGGCGACAGCGACGACAAGCUCACGCCCUGGGAACUGCACACAGUGUGCAAAACCAUCUGCGUGGUGGGUUCGCCGGAGCUGGAGCAUCUCGAGGAAGCCGUGGUGCACGGCAUCUGCCACUGCUGCACGGAGAAGGUGCGGACGGUGUUUUUCGCGGGCUACAAGCCGCCUGCAGAGAUCACGCCCGAUGAUUUUUUUGACUCCAUGGACGUGGACGGAAAUGGUCACAUCGAAAAGCACGAGGUGGUAUCAGAUGCAAACAUCUAUGUCUGGCUCUGGAAGGACGUACCUUGUAAUGCUGUCGUUCGAUUCUAAAAAAAUCUGCAUUGCACUAGCAGCAAGGGGAAUCUACUACUUUGUUUUUGCUACGCGAAAAGGCAUUUGAAAAGGCAUUUCUCAUGCGGGAGAAGCAUCACGAGGCCCUCACGAAACAAAUCUGUGAUGCUAGUGCAUACAUGACAAUCGUCGCGGGUCAUGCAGUAUGUGUAUAGCAAACCCUGCCUCUUUCCAGAUUCAGACCCAGAUCGAGAUAUUUGCACUGCAUAGCUGGACGAGGAGUGCGAUCUCGAAAAGACGGACGCGGAGCACGGCGAUGGCGACGGAAAGCUGACGCCGGCGGAGCUGAUAUGCGUUGCAAAAGUAUCGUACUAGUACAAGUCGCAUGACAAAUUUUUUUAAGAAGAAAAUUGGAAUUGGAACUUGUAAUGCAGAUUCAUGUAGGAAACCAGAUUUGUCAUGCCUACCUGCAAUUGAUACGAGUGCGAUACUCUUUUGCAGUGGAUAGCUGAAGGAAAUCUGCAACAAAGUGUGCGUCCCCGGUUCGGCGGACUCGCGGAACCUGAUGGAAGCAAACGUGGUAUGAACUGCAAAUAUGUCUGGGUCUGGGAGACUGCGAGAUUUGUCAUGCUAGUCUGGCAUGACGCUGAACUCUGUAUUGCGUACCUACGAAGAGGUCCUCUUGUCUGUCACGCAAAAACGCGGUGUCUCAUGCGGAGUAUGCAACUCUGAACCACGGAAAAACUACUUCUCAUGCUGGGGAGCGCAUUACAGUGUGCUGACUAUUACCUUACUCGCAUCACAAGUUUAUUCCAGACAUCCAGGAAUAUUUGCAAUGCAUAUGUGGUGGCGAUUUGCCACUGCUGUCCGGCGAAAAUGCAGGAGGUGUUCUUUUAUCAAAUGUAAAAAUGUCUGGGUCUGGAAGGAUGCGAACUUGUGAUGCGUGUUGUGGAGCAUACAAAAAUCUGUGUUGCAUGACUCACAAAAGGUUCCCACUUCUGGCCAUGUUGAGAGGGCAUUUCUCAUGCAGAAUAGGCAUCACCAAGGGGCUGCAGAACCUGUGAUGCUAGGGCCUGCAUUCCAGACUUGGCAAGGCUUGGAAAAACUGCAUGACAAAUCUCGGAAUCUUCCAGACCCAGACAUUUUUACAUUUGAUAUCUUUGCCUCCUACAUUCCCACCGAGAGCAAGCGGUCGAAACCAGGAGAGGAAGUGCCGGACGAAAUUGACCUUCCGGACGUGGACCUCGACGCGAUCGUCGAGAAGCACGAGGUGAGCGAGGAGUGUGACCUCGAGAUGGCCGACACCGACCACGGCAAUGGUGACGGCUCGCUGACAAAGGGCGAACUGAAGGAAAUGUGCGACAAGGUUUGCGUCCCCGACUCGAAAGACAGCAAGCUCCUCGUGGAAGCGAGCGUGGUCGCGGUCUGCCACUGCUGCCCGGCGGAGCAGCAGAAGGUCUUUUUUGCCUCGUACGUACCCACCGAGAGCAAGCGGUCCAAACCGGGCGAUGUAUGGAUUGCAAAAAUUUCUGGGUCUGGAAGAUUGCAACUUGUCAUGCAGGUUUUCCAUGACCCGUGAGGUCUGGAAUGCGGGACCUAGCAUGACAGAGUCUGCGAUGUCUCUGCCAUGCCUAUCCUGCAUGAGAAACUUCCUCCAAACUUGGUCGAAAGUGGACAGCUUUUGGCACUCAUGCAACACAGAUUUCUGCAUGAUUCAGAUUUGGCAUGACAAGUUGCAAUAUUCCAGACCCAGACAUUUUUGCAACUCAUACGAUGAGGGGCCGGACGACAUUGAGCUGCCGGACGUCGACUUUGACAAAGUGGUGGAAAAACACGAAGUGCACGAGGAGUGUGAUCUAUCGCAAGAAAAAACUGUUUCACUGUGAACCUGUGAUGCAGAAAAUGGAACACAAAACUAUUUGUCUUGCUACACAUGCAAGGCAUUGGAUUUCCCAGCGUGUUUUCCCUUUGGAAGUGCGCGUGACAAAUUUUGUCAUGCGUAACAAAGUUGUGAUGCAGAUCUUGCAAAAUCAUCACAGUGAAACAGUUUUUUCGUGGGAUAUGAUCUCGACAUGGCCGACGCGAAUCACGGCAAUGGCGACGGGUCUUUGACGAAGGCAGAACUCAAGGCAAUGUGCGACAAGGUCUGCGUCCCCGGCUCGGAGGAUUCGAAGAAUCUCAUGGAAUCGAGCGUGGUUGCGGUGUGCCAUAUUACCAUGAAAAAUGCCCCCGCCCCCGAACUUGGGAGCAUUUGUAUUGCAAACCUUUCCAAAUGAAACAUUCGCCCGCUUGCAUCUAUUAGCAUCACAGGUUUAUUCCAAUUGUGAUGAAUAGCAAAAAUUUGUAUUGCAAAAGACCCCAGCAAAAGCGGCGCUUAUCAUGCAAGCGAUGCGAUACACGCCUAGACUGUGCAUCAGAAAGAUUCAUACUUCUUUCAUGCAUGACAAAAAGUUUUCAUUUGGAAGCUUCGCAUCACAAAUUUUUGCAAUGUCAGGGGUGGGGGGCACUUUUCACUGCAAUAUGCCACUGCUGCCCGGCGGAGCAGCAGGAGAUCUUUUUUGCGCAGUACGUGCUAUCAAAUGUAAAAAUGUCUGGGUCUGGAAGAUUUCCAGGUUUGUCAUGCAUAUUUCCCAUGGGCUAUGAUGCCUGUAAUGCAUGACCUAGCAUGACAGAUUGUUUGCGGGUAUCUUGAUGCCUAUCCCGCAUGACAAAUGCCCUCUCCGCGGAGCAAAAACUGGACGCCUCUUGCUGCUCAUGCAAUACAGAUUCUUUUAGAUUCCAAAAAUAGCAUCACAAGUUGCAUUCUUCGAGACCCAGACAUUUUUGCAAUCCAUACGUACCCGCCGCAGACAAGAAAUCCAGACCAGGAGAUGAGGAGCCGGACGACAUUGAGCUGCCGGAUGUCGACUUUGACGCGGUGGUCGAGAAGCACGAAGUGCACGAGAAGUGCGACCUCCAGAAAGCCGACGCUGAGCACGGGGAUGGCGACGGCAAGCUGACCAAGAAAGAGCUAGACACAAUCUGCAACAAUGUCUGCGUGCCUGGCUAUCCUGAGCAAAAACGUGGUCCCCACCUCCCCAGAGUUGUUUUCAUGCAGAUUUGCAAUUGAUGCAGAAACGGUUGCAAUGCGCAUCGCCAUCGAAAUUAUUUGUAAUGCUGUAACCGGGAAGAGAAGCGGAUGGCUUUGUGAUGCGGCUCUCGUCCUUGCUAAUUUGGACUGCAGUAGGUACAGAGAGCAACUUGUCAUGCGUGAUUCCCAAAACUUCUGGAUUUGUGUUGCGAGAUCCCCAUAAUUUUGACUCUGGGGUCCGGGUCGUGGGGACGUUUUCACACAGGAUACCGGCUCGGAGCAGUCCAUGUCCAUGAUGGAGUCGAGUGUCGUCGCGGUCUGCCACUGCUAUGCCUUGCAAAAGUACUAUCGUGUACUCGUAUAAUUAAUGCCAAACUUGCAUGACAAGUUUGGUUUCUAUAGGUAAUUCAGCAUGACAAAAAAUUCCAUUUGUCAUGUUGAGCACAUUUGUCAUGCGAUAAUUCAUACGUAGUAAGCGAUAGUACUUUUGCAGUUCAUAACUGCUGCCCCGCGGAAAUGCAGGAGAAGUUCUUUGCGCAGUACACACCGGCGGCAGACAAGAAAACGCGAGGUGGACUCGAUGAGGAGCCGGAUUAUCCUGAGUAAAAGCGUCCCCACACCUCCAGAGUCAAGAUGGGGAAUCUGCUAGACAAAUCAGCCAGCUUUGAUGGUUGUUUCGCAUGACAGAUGUGUCGUCGUAUGGUGUUCCUGUUUAGGUAGUUCCGCAGCAUCACAGACCUACCACAUCAUGCUGAUUAUAGCAUCACAAAUUCAAAAUCAAAAGCACGACUUUAGAGAAUGCUUCUCAUGGGGCUCCGCAUGAGAAGUAAAUUUUUUUGGCAUGCAGAUUUGCGUGACAACUCUGGGGUGGGGACGUUUUUACACAGGAUACGGACAUGUUCGACCUCAUGGACUUGGACGUGGACGGAAUCGUCACAAAGGAAGAGGCUAUCGCAAGAAAAAACUGCUUCCCUGUAUUAAACUUGUGAUGCAUAGAACGGAACGCAACUGUGUUUGUCUUGCUACACAUGCAAGACAUUGGAUUUUUAGCUGUGUUUUCCCUUAGGAAGCACGCAUGCCAAGUUUUCUCUGUCAUGUGUAACAAACUUGUGAUGCAAAUCUUGCAAAAUCAUCACAGUGAAGCAGUUUUUUCGUGGGAUAGAAGUGAACGAAGAGUGCGACAUUGAGAUGGUCGAUGAAUCGGGCGAUGGCGACGGAACGCUGACGACGAAGGAACUGCGGGGUAUCUGCAACAAGGUCUGCGUGCCAGAUUCGCCGGACUCGAAGCUGCUCAUGGAGGCCAGCGUGAAGAAGAUCUGCAACUGCUGUCCCAAGUCCAUGCAGGACGUGUUUUUCGCUUCCUACGUACCCGCCGAAGACAAGAAGUCGAAACCGGGAGAUGAUGGGCCGGACGAAAUCGAACUUCCGGAUCCGGACGACCUCGACAGCAACAACGACGGCGAGAUCACCCAAGACGAAGUGGGCGAGAAGUGCGACGUCCCGAAAGCUGAAAAAACCUUUGGGGACGGCGACGGCAAGCUGACGCUGUUCGAGUUGCACGAGGGGUGCGACAGCGUUUGUGUGCCGGAUUCGGAGAAUAUGAAAGUGCACAACUCCCCCUCCCCCUUAUUUGUCAUGCAAAAUUCCAAACCCACCCUUUGCCUGUUAGGGAUACUGUUAGUACUGCUUGCAUGACAGAUUCCGGAAUCCGAAACAGCACUGCAAUCCCCUAGGAAUUUGUGAUGCAAAAGCUGCAUGUUUGCCAGCGCUUGUGUUGCUGUUCAUGCAACACAAAGGAGGGGGAGGGGGAGUUGUGCACUGUCAUAGAGAAGUCGAAAACGCUGGAUGGAGCUACCGUGGUCUCGGUUUGCAGCUGCUGCUCGAAGCAAUCUCAGGAGAAGUUUUUCAAGUGGUACGACACCCAGGUUGACACGCACUUCGCAGGCUUGGACAAACUCGUGUAUCCUCUGCAAAAGUAAUAAAUCGCACUAGUAGGAGAAAUCGCAUGGCGACGGUGCAAAGGUUUUUGAUGUGGUGCAGUCGGAUAUGCAUGACAAAUUUCUGCUCAGCAUGAAGAAUGGAAUCUGUAAUGCGGAUUGACAGUAAGAAAGAGAUUUGUGUUGCAUGACCGCAAACAUUUAGUGAAACAAGUGCGAUAGAUGUACUUUUGCAAUGCAUAUCGUGAAUGAGGCCUCGAAGGACGUCGUCGACAACGAGGAGAAACAGGUGAUUUUGAAUGAGACGGGCGGUGUGUAUCGCAGGAAAAAACUGUUUCACUGUAAACUUGUGAUGCAUAGAAUGCAACACAGACGGCGCAUUUGUCUUGCUACAUAUGCAAGACAUUGUCUUUUUCAGUGUGUUUUCCCUUAGGAAGUACGCAUGGCAGGUUUUCCUUGUCAUGUGUAACGAACUUGUAAUGCAAAACUUACAAAGUCCUUUCAGCGAAACAGUUUUUUCUCACGAUAGCGUGGCCCAGCUGCCUACUAUGUUGGGAGCGUCAUAUCCAGGAAAAAAAACUGUGUUUACACAUAGUGUAACUGUCUUGGAGGGACUGCAUGACCAAAUGUAAUUUGCUCCGCAUGACAGAAAAUCUUGUUAAAGCCUGUCAUGCGUACUAGCUAGCACGUGAAAACUACGCAUCUGAAAAGGGGCGACCUCAUGGCUGUGCCCCGGCAUGAGAGGUGUACUGACUAUGUAGCUUUGAUUUCUGCAUUACAGACUUGUUACACGACAUAGUUCUUUUCCUGCAUAGCGUGGCGGAACUGCCCAUUUCAACUUCCUCGACGACGACGCCCAAGCCAGCGCUGCGGGGCACCCGGGGCAACUACCAAUUCCAGAAGGCGGAAGGAUCCUCGAGCUACAGCUGGUCCAAGUUGCACGAGUCCAGUGGCUAUCAAAUGCAAAAAUGUCUGGGUCUGGAAAUUUGUGAUGCCAAAAUGCCCGUGACGAAAGCGCCUCUCAUGCAGGAGAGCAUGACAAAGACAAGUUUGCAGAGCGCCUCCUCAUACGCACUCCGCAUGAGAAACGGCGUUGUUGUAUGGCAAUAGAGGCUGCGACUUUUGUUGGUCAUGCAAUGCAGAUCUCACAAGAAUGGAAGACCAGCAUUACAAAUUCCAACUCUCAAGACACAUUUUUGCACUGGAUAGUGGCAGGAUGAACCCGAGCAUGUGGCCUGACACACCCGGGAGCGCUGGGCCGUAUUUUGUUUUUCAUAAUGAUGUUUUGACGCAUGAACACGACAAAUGUAUGCACUCUUAGGAUUUUCGCCUGACAAAUCGAUGAAUAUCAAUAUCUUCCAGGAUCACGAAGAACAAGGUCGACGACGUGCUCAAGCAGCAGAUCAAGGAUCGCGAAGAAAAAAUGGAAGUAUCAAAAAGCACAAGGUCAAGUGUCCCUUGCCGCGCAUUCUUUUUUUGUCUGCCAAUAAAAAUACAAGAUCUACUUUUACUCUACAUGCUGCCUGUGAGCGCUACUUGCUUUGUCGAUGACACGUCUCUGACGGCAGUUGUGCCGCUGCAGGAGCGCAUCAUCAGGUUUGUUCAAAUGGUCGGGAGGAGGAUCACCACUGCUUGUGCCCUUGCAUAGAAAUCCGAGCUGAACGCGAAGCUGGGAGAAAACGGCAAGAAAAACGGAAAAGGAGCAGAAGAAGAAGACCAAGAAGGGCCGCUGGGCUUUCUGGACGAGUGGUACUUCCUGAUUCCCUGCGGCUGCGUGGUGCUCUUGUGCAUCAUCGGCGCUUUCGUGCACGUGCGGCGCGAGCGCGCCCGGGCCCGGUUGAGCUCGGUGCGCAUGUCCAGUGGCGGCCCAGAAUCGUCCGUCUCGGGGUCGACGCAACCAGCGUCCGGCGCAACUAGGUCCAGCCGCGGUUCGCAACGAAGCAGCCGCGGCUCCGUGCGCCCGUCCCAAGCGUCGAACGCCUACAAGAGCGCAGUGUUGGCCUCGGACCUGCCCUCGGCGAUCCCGGAAGGUUAUCAAAUGCAAAUAUGGCUGGGUCUGGAAUAAACUUGCGAUGCAAGAAACGAAAUAGUGAGCACACUCUGAUGCGCUGCCAAGCAUGACAAGUUUUCCCGUGGUUCUGAGUUGCGUACUCCGCUUGAGAAACUGCGUUUUUGCAUGAAAGGCAAGAGGAGCGCUUUGCGGCCGCGCAAUACAAAGUUCAGAGUCAUGCUAGACUAGCAUGACAAAUCUCGCAAUUAUCCAGACCCAGAUAUAUUUGCAAUGCAUAUGGGCGGGCCGGGAGAGGAGGGUGUCCCGGACGAGGAGCCCGGUACGUCGGAAGAGGAGGUAUCAAAUGCAAAUAUGUCUGGGUCUGGAAGAAUGCAGAUUUUUGUCAUGCUGUUUUUGCAUGACGCGGAAGGUCUGGCAUGGAAGCCCUAGCAUCACAGGUUUCGAGAAGGUUCCGCAAUGCCUAACCUGCAUGACAAGAUUCCCACUGUGGCGACUGGAAAAAAUGGGCAACACUUGCUGCCUACGCAUGAGAGAUUUGUAUGUGUUGUGAAAUGCGCAUCACAACUGCGCACUUCUACAGACCCAAACAUAUUUGCCAUGCAUAGGAGGAAGAGGAAGUCGACGAGCUCUCGGAGAACGACUACCAAAAAACAGUGACCAGGGCGAGCAGGGUAUGCAAGAAAAAAACUGUGUAAGUGUAACUUUGUAAUGCAGAACAUGCAACAGAGUUACGCCUGUCAUGCCAGACAGCCAUGAAGUCCACUUUGCAUGUGUGUUUUCCCUUACAAGCCACGCAUGAUAGGUUUUCUCUGUCAUGUAGAGCAAAUUUGUGAUGCUGUCAACCAAAGAAAGUUACACUAACACAGUUUUUUUCUCGCGAUACAGGGCCAGCGAUUCGCGGAACGGAUUGUUGGAAGGGUGAGAGAAAAAGAAUUAGAAUCAUCUAUCGCAACUGAUUCAGCUGCGUACAGGCACAUGUAUUGAAGAGGAAAAGGUGCUACGCUUCAAUUUCUAGCUCUCAGCAUAUCCAAAUUAACUCUCGCCCGGAAUCAAUUUUACUGUAAAACGAAGUUGAACACGAGCAGACACCGCAGUUGCCAGUUACUCAAACUCACACGAACAAUGAUUGCGCAGAAUUUUCAGCAGAUUUUAGAAAAGCUUACGUCGAAAGAAUGAUACGCAAGAAUGAUACGCAGUAGACUGAUAAAUAAACGCGACAGAAAAUAAAAAUCAUUUGUAACGUGCCACACGGAUGAACCGAAAUUAAAACUAGUUUACUGUACGAUGCUGAAUUUAUCCUCACAUUUACUUUGAGAAUACAACGAACCGUUUCGCUUUACAGAGUCAAAGAUUGUUUCACACAAAAAUAGCUUCAUUUGCAACUCCGUUGACAACUUUUGAACAGACUUACAACAGUUUUACCUUUGACGCCUGAACCACGAAUUUUAUCAAAAAUUGCAUUGCAGUUUCGCUAACAAAUUUCUAUUGUACCAAAACCAAAUAGAAUAUGCACCUUUUCGAUCCGUUUCACAAUUUUAACAGACUUUUUACAACCACUUGAAUUUGUUCUUGAGCCACCAGUCACAAUUACGACCGAAUCGAAAUCAGACGCGACAGGCAAAAAUGUAAGAUUGAAUAGUUUCGAAGAAAAAUCAAAAUGAAUCAGUGUCGUGUGCUGCAAAAAAAGUACAAUCAAACGUACGCUGUACAGAAAAAAUUAGGAGAAAAAUUAGAAGAAAGAGUAGCCCCAUUGUACACAAACCAGGACUAGCUUCGGGGCUACUUUUAUUUAAGACUAAGUAGCACCAGCAAAAACAAACCGAGGUACACGAAGAAGCAAUCGAGAGGCAGCCAUCGCGGAUGCUGGGUACUGUGCAAAACGUGAGAAAAAUAGUCCUUUCCUGGCGAUAUGCUCCUCACAGGGCGAACGAGAAGCUUCUUUUUCACGAUUGACUUUCUUGGUGAUGCG